AUGCUGAUGGCACCUGGCAGAGGUUGCUUGGCCCUGGCCAUUCUGCUGGCAAUCAUGGACAUCCAGCUUGGCGGGUGCAUGCGCAUCCAAAGCUCGUUUCACCAGGAAGGAAAACGACUAAGCUUGAUCUGUACUUUGCAGUAUAAGAAAGAAGAGGCUGAGGGGGCUAUAGUGUUUUUGUGCAAGGACAGGUCUUCGGACUGUUUCCCUGAGACCAGCUUAGAGCAACUGAGACUUAAACGGGAUCCUGGGAGAGAUGGUGUCAGUGAAAGAUCAUCUAAGUUGGUGUUCACCAUAAACCAAACCACACCAUCGGACAGCGGGACCUACCAGUGUUGUGCCACGAGCCAGACACCAGAAAUCCGCCUUCAGGGCCACUUUUUCUCUGUUUUAGUCACAGAGACAGGGAACUACACAGUGAAGGGAUUGAAACAAACAGGAUACUCCGAGUUCAGUCACAGUAAAGGCACUCUCAGUUCAGGCUUCCUGCAAGAAAAAGCCUGGGUGAUGCUGGUCACCAGCCUGGUGGCCCUUCAAGGUAAAGGGAAUGAACUUUUGAUAGUUGAUGCCUUUUAUCCUUCUCCCCCCAAAUGA